UAAAAUGGAUUUUUCAAAGAAAAUAAAAAAAAACGGCCUUUUUUAUUACCGUCGUAAAAAGAUUCUUGAGAGAUGGACCAAGGAAAACCGAUUAUUUCAGUCAGAGCUUUGCAACAUCAACCAACAACCAUCGUCUACUGUGAAGGAGAUAACUCCAUCGGAAGGUAGGGAUGUGGAUGAAAUUAUAGACACUGAAUGUACCGGUACACAGGAACCUGAUCCCUAUGAAAAUUUCAACAAAAAUGAACCCACAACGAACAUUGCAGAGGUCGAUUUAGCUAUCUCUGGGCUAAAUGGUGACCUCCUAUCUACAGACGAACUUGAUUCAAUGAGUCUUGAAGAGAGCAUCCGCUUUUGGGCUUUAAAAACAAAUCAAUCCCAUCAAUCAAUCAAUUUGAUUAUGGACAUCAUACGGAAAAAGACGGAUGGGAAGCAAUUGCCACGUUCCGCUCGAUCAUUGCUGAAAACUGCACGAAAUGCUUCAUCAAAUAUCGUAGACAUUGGAGGUGGUCAAUAUUGGUAUUAUGGGAUUAAAAAAUGCCUUGCAGAUUUUUUUCGCAACAUUGAUCACCCCAUUACCAUUUCAAUCAACGUGAACAUCGAUGGAAUUCCUAUUUACAAAAGCAGCAAAGCUCAGUUUUGGCCAAUACUAUUCAACAUAUUUGAACACCCGGAAGUUAAGCCAAUGACCAUUGCCAUAUUCCUUGGAACUUCAAAACCUGAAAGCCUGGACGAAUUUUUGCGACCAUUUGUUAACGAGCUAAAAUAUGUGUUAAACCAUGGAGUUAUUUUGAAUGGUCACAAAAUUAGUAUUCGAAUGAGAUGCUUCAUAUGUGAUUCACCUGCACGUGCCUUCAUAAAAGGAGUAUAUGGCUUUAAUUCAAAAAACGGAUGCCUAAAGUGCGUAUGUGAAGGCGAAUAUUCCUAUGAAUCUCGCACUGUAAUAUUUACAUCAUUAAAUUGCGCCAAACGAACUGACCAAGAGUUCCGAAUGAAUUCCUAUAGUCGUCAUCAAAAAACUGCAACGCCUCUGAUUGAUAUCCCUAAUCUGGAUUUAAUUCAAAACAUUAUCGUGGCUGAUAGACUUCAUCUCAUUGAUUUGGGCGUAAUGAAACGAUUAUUGAUUGGAUGGAGGGAUGGCAGCCUUGGAUUCGCAGCUAAAUUAUCGUCUCUACAAAUUAAUGACAUGUCUGCCAUGCUUUGUAAUAUUCAGCUUCCAUCUGAAAUUCAUCGCAAGUUCAGAGGCUUGGACUAUCUUGCCCACUGGAAAGGAACUGAAUUUAAUAAUUUCUUGCAUUAUGCCAGCAUAGUUGUGUUAAAAAAACAUCUUUCCUCGGAGGCUUAUCAACAUUUCCUUUUAUUUUAUUGCUCCAUAACGAUGCUCUCAUCAGAUUUAUACAAAUCAAACUGGCACGUAGCUAGAAAAAUGUUGGAAAAGUUUAUAAUUGAUUUCAUGACGAUCUACGGGCAACAGUAUAUCACGAGUAACAUUCAUAACCUUCAACAUAUUGUAGAUGAGGUAGAGGCGUUCGGCUCAUUAAGUACGAUGGCAGCAUAUCCCUUUGAAAAUGGUUUACAACGGCUGAAGCAUUUGAUACGCAGUGGAUCUAAGACUUUGGAACAAGUAAUAAAUCGACUAUCGGAAUUAAAUUCACAUGAUUAUUACAAGACACAUCAAUCUUCAAAAAAAUAUCCUUCUAUUACCAUCUGCGGAGAAUCUGUCCGCGCUGAAUUAGAGGAAUGGUUCGUUCUAAGCACGUCUCACAGGAAUGCUUGGUUUCUGACUAAAACCAAUCAAGUAGUACGGUUUGUCAACGCAAUUCAAACUCCAACCCUAAUUAUUUACGGCAAAGUUGUGAUAAGAAACAGAAUUUUUUUUCAAGACCCUUUUACCUCAUCUGUGUUACACAUAUUCUGUGGUAAUAUCAAUAAUUUGUCCGCGAAUGAGUUCCUUUUUAGUUAUGACGAAAUCAAGUGCAAGUUAGUUGCAGUUCAAAGUGGCGAUGAAUUUGUAUUUAUACCUCUCCUACACACUCUAAAAUAG